UCAACUGUAAUAAUUUAUCACAGACCGCCGUUCUUCCCUCACGGCUGGUUGUUCCUUCCCUCCUUUGGUUUCAUACCAAAUUGAUACCCCCUCUCCGCCGCUUUUUUUUCGACUCCUAGAUACCCCAUCGAGUCUCUAAUAGACAUUUCUCUAUCACCUAUUGUCCACGGUUCAAUCGCUCCACGCGAAGCUUCCCGAACUACUCUCAACAUGCGUCCCGAAGUCGAGCAGGAGCUCUCCCACACCCUGCUCAUUGAGCUUCUCGCAUACCAAUUCGCCUCUCCCGUGAGGUGGAUCGAGACUCAAGAUGUCAUCCUCGGCGAGAAGACCACUGAGCGCAUCGUCGAAAUUGGUCCUGCCGACACUCUCGGUGUCAUGGCAAAGCGAACGUUGGCAUCCAAAUACGAGGCACACGAUGCUGCCAAGUCGGUACAGCGACAAAUUUUCUGCUACAACAAGGACGCAAAGGACAUCUACUACGAUGUGGACCCAGUAGAGGAGGAGCCAGAACCAGCUGCACCCAGCAGCUCAGAUGCUCCCGCAGCAGCUUCAGCAGCUCCUGCGGCCGCUGCCCCAGUCGCCGCCCCGGCAGCUAGUGCAGGCCCGGCAGCACAGGUUCCUGAUGCACCAGUCACAGCAACCGAUAUUGUGCGAGCAUUGGUGGCCCAGAAGCUCAAGAAGCCUCUCAUGGACAUUCCCUUGCAGAAGGCCAUCAAGGAUUUGGUUGGAGGCAAAUCCACCCUCCAGAACGAAAUUCUCGGCGACUUGGGCAAGGAAUUCGGUUCUACCCCAGAGAAGCCAGAAGAUACCCCUCUCGACGAGCUCGGUGCGGCAAUGCAGGCUACCUUCAAUGGUCAGCUUGGAAAGCAAUCCUCCUCGCUUAUUGCCCGCAUGGUGUCUUCCAAGAUGCCCGGUGGUUUCAAUAUAACUGCAGUGCGAAAGCACUUGGAGACAAGGUGGGGACUCGGACAGGGACGUCAAGAUGGUGUUCUCCUGUUCGCCCUCACCAACGAGCCUGCUGCUCGUCUUGGUUCAGAGAACGACGCCAAGGCCUGGUUGGACGAGAUUUCCAACAAGUACGCAACAAUCGCCGGAAUCAGCUUGUCUGCUCCUACCGCAGGUGGUGAUGCUGGCGGUGCUUCGGGCGGCAUGAUGAUGGAUCCCGCCGCAAUCGACGCUCUCACAAAGGACCAGCGAAUGCUCUUCAAGCAGCAAUUGGAGCUGUUCGCGAGGUACCUGAAAAUGGAUCUUCGCGCAGGCGACAAGGCGUUUGUCGGGUCACAAAAGGCCGGCUCUGCUCUCCAAGCCCAGCUCGAUCUAUGGACUUCCGAGCACGGUGACUUCUACGCCGCAGGCAUUGAGCCCCAAUUCACAUCCCUCAAGGCCCGUGUCUACGAUUCGUCAUGGAAUUGGGCACGCCAGGAUGCUCUGAGCAUGUACUACGAUAUCAUUUUCGGCCGUCUCAAGGCGGUAGAUCGCGAGAUUGUAAGCCGCUGCAUCAACAUCAUGAACCGCUCGAACCCUCUCCUCCUCGACUUCAUGCAGUACCACAUUGACCACUGCCCCACCGAGCGUGGUGAGACCUACGAGCUCGCGAAGGAGCUCGGCCAGCAGCUCAUCGAGAACUGCAAGGAUGUACUCAACGAGGCACCUGUUUUCAAGGAUGUUGCCGUCCCCACUGCUCCCCACCUUGAUAUCGAUAGCAAGGGCAACUUGAACUACUCCGAAGUUCCCAGACCAAGCGUUCGCAAGCUCGAGCACUACGUCCGCGAAAUGGCUGAGGGCGGCAAGCUUUCUGAAUACGGAAACCGCACUAAGGUCCAGAACGACUUGCAGCGCAUCUACAAGCUCAUCAAGCAGCAACACAAGCUCUCCAAGUCUUCGCAGCUCCAGAUCAAGACUCUCUACGGCAAUGUCAUCCGUUCAUUGUCCAUGAACGAAGGCCAGAUCAUUCCCAGCGAGAAUGGCAAGCCAGUCAACCCUAAGCGACGAAAUGGUCGUGUGCACGGACCCACCAAGCAGGGCAAGGUCGAGACAAUUCCCUUCCUCCACCUGAAGAGGAAAGACGACCAUGGCUGGGAAUACAGCAAGAAAUUGACCGGAGUUUACCUUGAUGGUCUUGAGAAUGCUGCCAAGUCCGGUGUUAGCUUCCAGGGCAAGAACGCCCUCAUGACUGGUGCUGGUGCUGGCUCGAUCGGUGCUGAGGUCCUCCAAGGCCUAAUCAGUGGUGGAGCCAAGGUCGUCGUUACCACUUCCCGCUUCUCGCGUGAGGUCAACGAGUACUACCAGUCCAUGUACACUCGUUAUGGUGCCCGCGGCUCGCAGCUCAUUGUCGUGCCUUUCAACCAGGGUAGCAAGCAAGAUGUCGAAGGCCUUGUCGAGUACAUCUUCGACGCCAAGAAGGGUCUCGGCUGGGAUCUCGACUAUGUCGUCCCCUUCGCCGCCAUCUCCGAGAAUGGUCGUGAGAUUGACGGCAUCGACUCGAAGUCUGAGCUUGCUCAUCGUAUCAUGUUGACUAACCUUCUCCGACUUCUCGGCGAGGUGAAGAAGCACAAGCAAGCCAACGGAUACGAGACUCGCCCUGCUCAAGUCAUCCUUCCUCUUUCCCCCAACCAUGGUACCUUCGGUAACGAUGGUCUCUACGCCGAAUCCAAGAUUGCUCUCGAGACCCUGUUCUCCAGGUGGCACUCCGAGAGCUGGGGCAGCUUCCUCACCAUCUGCGGAGCUGUCAUUGGUUGGACUCGUGGUACUGGUCUUAUGGCUGGUAACAACAUCGUCGCUGAGGGUAUUGAGAAGUACGGUGUGCGAACCUUCUCGCAGCAGGAGAUGGCUUUCAACUUGCUCGGUCUCAUGGCACCACCAAUCGUCAACCUCUGCCAGAUCGAGCCCGUGUGGGCCGAUCUCAACGGUGGCUUCCAGUACAUCCCCAACCUCAAAGACCUCAUGACCGAUCUUCGCAAGGAGCACAUGGAGACCAGCGAGGUCCGCAAGGCUGUCGUCAAGGAGAACGCCAUCGAGAACAAGGUCGUCAACGGCGAGGCCAGCGAAUCCUUUUACAAGAAGACCACUGUCCAGCCACGUGCCAACUUGAAGUUCGAAUUCCCCAAGCUUCCUGAUUGGGAUACCGAGGUCAAGCCUCUCAACAGCGAUCUGAAGGGUAUGGUCGACCUCGAGAAGGUUGUCGUCGUCACCGGUUUCGCUGAAGUCGGACCCUGGGGUAACUCCCGCACCCGUUGGGAGAUGGAGGCGUACGGCGAGUUCUCGCUCGAGGGAUGCGUCGAAAUGGCUUGGAUCAUGGGUCUCAUCAAGAAUCACAACGGUCCUCUCAAGGGCAAGAGCUACUCUGGCUGGGUUGAUGCCAAGUCCGGCGAGCCUGUCGAUGAUAAGGACGUCAAGCCCAAGUACGAGAAACACAUUAUCGAGCACUCCGGUAUCCGCCUGAUCGAGCCCGAACUCUUCAAUGGAUACGACCCCACCAAGAAGCAGCUUCUUCAGGAAAUCCAGAUCGAGGAGGACCUUGACCCAUUCGAGGCUUCCAAGGAGACUGCCGAUGAGUUCAAGCGCCAGCAUGGCGACAAGGUGGAGGUCUUCGAGAUCCCCGACUCUGGCGAGUUCACUGUCAGACUAAGGAAGGGUGCCACUCUCAUGAUCCCCAAGGCUCUGCGAUUCGACCGCCUGGUCGCUGGUCAGAUCCCCACGGGCUGGGAUGCUAAGAAGUACGGUGUUCCCGACGACAUCAUCUCUCAAGUCGACCCCGUCACACUCUUCGUGCUUGUCUCCACCGCCGAGGCUCUCUUGUCCAGCGGUAUUACCGACCCUUACGAGUUCUACCAGUACGUCCACAUCUCGCAGGUCGGUAACUGUGUCGGUUCAGGUAUUGGUGGUACCACUGCUCUCCGAGGUAUGUACAAGGAUCGCUUCCUUGACAAGCCUCUGCAAAAGGAUAUCCUCCAGGAGUCUUUCAUCAACACCAUGAGCGCCUGGGUCAACAUGUUGCUCAUCUCGUCGACUGGUCCCAUCAAGACCCCCGUCGGUGCCUGUGCAACGGCUGUUGAGUCCAUUGACAUUGGUUACGACACCAUUGUCGAGGGUAAGGCCCGUGUCUGCUUCGUCGGUGGUUUCGAUGACUUCCAGGAGGAAGGCUCAUACGAGUUCGCCAACAUGAAGGCUACCAGCAAUGCUGAGGACGAGUUCGCGCACGGACGUACGCCCAAAGAAAUGUCCCGACCCACCACAACCACCAGAAACGGAUUCAUGGAAUCGCAAGGUUGCGGUAUGCAAGUCAUCAUGGACGCCAAGCUGGCUUUGGAUAUGGGUGUUCCCAUCUACGGUAUCCUCGGUUUCACCGCCACGGCCACCGACAAGAUCGGCCGCUCCGUUCCUGCUCCUGGAAAGGGUGUUCUCACCACUGCCCGCGAGAUGCCUUCCAAGUUCCCCUCUCCCUUGCUCGACAUCAAGUACAGGAAGCGCCAGAUGGAUCUCCGCCGCAAGCAGAUCAAGCAGUGGCAGGAGGCAGAGCUCCUCUACCUUCAGGAAGAGGUCGCAGCCAUCAAGGAUGCCGGCGAGUCUUUCAACGAGUCCGAGUACCUCGAGGAGCGUGCUGCUCACAUUGAGCGCGAGGCCAAGCGACAGGAGAAGGAUGCCCUCAACAGCCUCGGCAACAACUUCUGGAAGCAGGACCCUCGCAUUGCACCUCUCCGUGGUGCCCUCGCCACCUGGGGACUUACCAUCGACGACCUCGAUGUGGCCUCCUUCCACGGUACCUCAACCGUUGCCAACGACAAGAACGAGUCCGACGUCAUCUGCCAACAGAUGCGUCACCUUGGCCGAAGCAAGGGCAAUGCUCUCAUGGGUAUCUUCCAGAAGUAUCUCACUGGUCACCCCAAGGGUGCGGCCGGUGCCUGGAUGUUCAACGGCUGCUUGCAGGUCCUCAACUCUGGUCUCGUACCCGGUAACCGCAACGCCGACAACGUCGACAAGGUCAUGGAGAAGUUCGACUACAUUGUCUACCCCUCUCGCUCGAUCCAGACCGACGGUAUCAAGGCUUUCUCCGUCACCUCUUUCGGUUUCGGUCAGAAGGGUGCCCAGGCCAUCGGUAUCCAUCCCAAGUAUCUGUUCGCCGCCCUCGACCACACCCAAUAUGCUACGUACAAGCAGAAGGUUGAGGCUCGCCAGAAGAAGGCUUACCGCUACUUCCACGACGGUCUCAUCAACAACACCAUGUUCCGUGCCAAGGACAAGGCACCUUACGAAGAUGAGAAGAUGCAAGAGGUCUUCCUCAACCCCCAGGCUCGCGUCAGCAUCGACAAGAAGACUGCCCAGUACAGCUACCCAAAGAAGCUUACCCCGGCAGCGCCCAAGAAGGAUCCCAAGGCUGAGGAGACGAGGAAGGUGCUCGAGUCCCUCACCCAGUCCACCGCGGGUGCGAACACCAAGGUUGGCGUUGACGUCGAGACCAUUGGCGCCAUCAACAUCGAGAAUGACACUUUCCUCGAGCGCAACUUCACCGAGAGCGAGAUCGCCUACUGCGAGAAGGCCGGCAGCCCGCAGGCCAGCUUCACCGGAAAGUGGUCCGCAAAGGAGGCCGUGUUCAAGUCACUGGGAGUCAAGGGCAAGGGCGCCGGCGCCGGCUUGAAGGAGAUUGAGAUUGUGAACGACGAGGCUGGCGCACCAACCGUCAAGCUUCACGGAUUCGCCGAAUCAGAGGCCAAGAGGGUGGGUGUCAAGAACAUCACCAUCAGCAUCAGCCACUCCGACGAGCAAGCCAUCGCAGUCGCAGUCGCCACUUUCUAAACCCCCCCUUUAACAAAAAAAGAGAUACCAAUUGUAUAAUUUCAUGUUUUCCGUCACGGGAUAGAAUUGGGGGAGGGGCAUAGUGGUUGGGUCUUUCUGCGCAGCGAUGACGGAGGACUCUUUUCUUCCACUGUUUUUCUGGAGAAUAACAAAUGAAAUGCAUUUUUUCCCAACAUACACACAUCCAGAG